CCGGAUCUCCUCAAUUUCAAGAAGGGAUGGAUGUCCAUCCUGGAUGAGCCAGGAGAGUGGAAGAAACAUUGGUUUGUGCUGACCGACUCGAGCCUGAGGUAUUACCGGGACUCGAACGCGGAGGAGGCUGAUGACCUCGACGGAGAAAUCAACCUCCGCUCCUGCACGGACGUGACGGAAUUUGCGGUGCAGCGCAACUACGGCUUUCAGCUCCACACGAAAGAUGCCGUCUUCACCUUGUCGGCGAUGACCUCAGGCAUCCGACGCAACUGGAUUGAGGCCUUGAGGAAGAACGUGCGCCCGGUCAGUGCUCCGGACAUCACCAAGCUCUCGGAUUGCGAUAAGGAGAACUCCUUCCGUAACUGUGUCCCUCAGAAGGGCUCGCUCCGGACGGAGGAGCAGCAGCGGCCAAGCUCAGGCUCCGAGGGGAACUCAAAAGGUGGUCACUGGAAGGCAGACGGGCAGCGCCAUGCCUUUGACUACGUGGAGCUGUCUCCCUUGCCGCAGGACCCUGGGAAUCAGGGGUCCCCACAAAGGACAAGAGGGAGCUUGAGGAUCUCCAACCGAACUCCCAAGCACGAGGAGCUGGAGCGGGAUCUGGCCGUCCGUUCGGAGGAGAGGCGGAAAUGGUUUGAGACCCCCGACGGCAGGGUCCCAAACAGCGAUGGCCCAGCAGGAGACUCUUCCCGCAAGGUGGGGGAGCAGGACCUCCCCGCUCCCCCGCUUUCAGAGGACCAGCGGAUUCGACUGAAUGAGGAGAUAGAGAAGAAGUGGCUGGAGCUGGAACGCCUGCCCUUGAAGGACUCGCGGCGGGUGCCCUUGACAACACUGCUGAAUCAGAGCAAGGGAGGCCACGGAGACACCAACGAGGCACUGAAAAAGGAGGUCCAGUCACUGCGGGCACAGCUGGAGUCCUGCCGGGCGCGAAACGAGAGCCUUCGCGAAGCGGCCAAAUCCCAGGGAGAUGGCCAUGUGCCCCGGGGUUACAUCUCACAGGAGGCCUGCGAGCGCAGCCUGGCUGAGAUGGAGUCAUCCCACCAGCAAGUGAUGGAAGAGCUCCAGAGGCAUCACCAGCGGGAGCUGGAGCGGCUGCGGCAGGAGAAGGAGCGGCUCCUGGCAGAGGAGGCGGCUGCGACGGCAGCAGCCAUUGAGGCACUGAAGAAAGCUCACCGGGAGGAGAUGAAUAAGGAGCUGGGCAGGACACGAAGCUUCCAGCAAUGCAGUUCAAUCUCAGAUGCCCUCCAGAAGCAGCACCAGUUGGAUGUGGAUUCCCUGAAGCGGGAGCUGCAGGUGCUUUCUGAGCAGUAUUCCCAAAAGUGCCUGGAAAUCGGGGAGCUCACCCAGAAGGCAGAGGAGCGGGAGCAGACGCUGCAGCACUGUCAGCAGGAGGGGAAGGAGCUCCUCCGCAAAAACCAGGAGCUGCAGACCCGCCUCUCAGAUGAGAUCGGGAAGCUGCGAAGCUUUAUUUCAUCACGGGGCUCUGGAGACCACUCUCCGCACAACAACGAGCGGAGCUCCUGCGAGCUGGAGGUGCUGCUGCGGGUGAAGGAGAAUGAGCUCCAGUACCUAAAGAAAGAGGUGCAGUGCCUCCGGGAGGAGCUGCAGAUGAUGCAAAAGGAUAAGAGAUUUGCCUCAGGGAAAUACCAAGAUGUUUAUGCGGAGCUGAAUCACAUUAAGGUGCGUUCGGAGCGAGAGAUCGAGCAACUGAAGGAGCACCUGCGCCUGGCCAUGGCGGCUCUGCAGGAGAAGGAGUCGCUCUGCAACAGCCUUGGCGAGUAA